CUCACCAUUGUUUUACCUCGUGGAUUAAAGAGGAAUAGUCACAGCGUCGCCAGAGCUUUAGAGGAGGUGGAUACACACCUUUAUGGCAACCGCUUCCGUACCUUUUCUCAGGGUCGUCGAUUGUCGAUCGGAUAACAACAGCUCGAUAGAUUCCAUCCUAUCCAAAUGUGGUGAUCUGUCAGGUCGCGCGGCCGUACCUCACUCAGCCACCUCUCCGUAUAUGAUGCGGACUGAUCCAAGUGAUAACAAGACUACGUUCGUCCAACGUUCCGCUUCUCUGGCACGGCAGCGAUUUGGGCCCGAGAUCAAAUCAACCGACACUCGAGAGGAGGGCUCGAGAGGCCAGCGUCGAUCUCACUUUGUAACAGGUUCAAUUCCAUUGACUGGACCAGAGGCGAAGCCCGAUUUCAGCCCAUUAACACAGACAGUCUACAGAGAAAAGGGCAUGUCUAUGAAAUCAAGCGGUGGUAGGAAGUUUUUGAACUUUUUCCAACGUGGCUUCCACGCAAAACGACCGAAAUCCGCUACGAAAGUGGAACAGCGGAAGUUCUCAAACGAGUGA